AAAGUACUAUAGAAACGAGGGUAAAACAGAUCUUGCGUAAUUAAACAUACCACACGGUGCCCGUGACGACCUAAGCGCGGGCACCUUCGCCGCCGAGAUGCAUGAAUGCAAAUUUCUCACGCACGAAACGGCCCCCACCCCACACCUAGAGUCUUUGCGAUGAAAGGCAGUGGCCCACCACCAGAAGGGCAGUGGCCCAUCAAAGAAGGGGGCGCGCGCCCACCUCGGGGCCGAGAACUUUGGGGCCGGAGGUGGCAAGGAAAAAAGGCUGCUGGCACGCUUUCUCGGGAUUCCUGAGCUUCGGAUCUCCCGCGCCGCCGAGGCCAGCUCGUUGGCCCCUUCGGCCGGCGCGCGGAGAGGGGGGCCCGACAGACCUCUUUUGUCCCCCUUGCCGCACCGGUUUCUCUCAGCGCGCUGCGGCCGAGCGCGAGAUCGUGCGCUCCAGAGGCAUGACGCGGCCCGGCGAAGCCAUGUCGGCUACUGAAGUUUCUGAGGGAAGCCCGCGGACGACGACCAGACAGCGCAGGUGACCCACUGUGUUGUCCAACACGAUGCUGCUGUUGCUGCUGCUCGAGCUGUGCUCGGCGGUGGGCACUAGUGACCACCGGGACUUACAUGCCCCGUUCAACAUGGCAGGAGUGCAAGGCGAGGUUCGGCUCACCCCAUCCGAUUCGUCCGGCGUCAACAUAACGGUGCGUCUCGUCGGGCCCCCGGGCGAGUUCAGCUGGAGCGUGCGCGAGAUGCCGGCGCUGUUCGACGCGGCAUCGCCGUGUGCCGACUUGGGCCGCGCACGCCACGACCUGUCCCGGCGUCACGGGCCGCUCGAGCUGAACGGCACCGAACUGAGUUUCGAGGACGACCAGCUGCAGCUGCAGGGCUCUGCCAGCGUGUGGGGCCGCGCGCUGCUGCUGCAGCAGGGCAAGACGCAGGCCUGCGCCAACCUGCUGCUCGAAGAGGGCUCGCUCCACUGGGCCGAAGCGCUGUUCGCUGGUCCGCGCGUCGCCGGACGCGUGCUCUUCCUCGCGUCGCCCAGCGAGUCGCUGCUGGCCGUGCUGCUUUUCCAGGGCGGCCGCUCGUCGCGUUACACGUGGGAGCUGCUCGAGGCCGACGUGCUGGACGCGGCGCCCGGCUGCCGUUUCCUGCAGAUGCUCUACGACCCGGACCGUGCCGACGGCGACGGCUGCGGACGCAGCGCGCACGAACGUUGUCGUGCGGGAGACCUGAGCGCCAAACACGGGCCCCUGAACGUGGGUUCGCCACGCGGUUCGCGCCGCGCCCUGCUCGACAUGCACUUGCCUCUCGGCCACCGGCGGCUCUUCUUGGCGCUGCGCGAUGAGGCCACCAUGGCGUUUGCAGCGUGCGCACCGCUGCGUGUGCUCGAGGCGCGCACGGUCCACGCCAAGUUCCCGGACGGCGGCCAGCUCAGCUUCACCCAGCAGAGCCCCUUCCAGCCGACGCUGGUGCGCGCUCAGGGGCUGCUGGGCGCCAGCUUCGCCGUGCACCCGGCCCCUUACUGCGAGGGACCGCUGCGUGGGGCGCCGGCCGUUCAGCUUUUGGCCCCGGUGUCACUGGAGCCGCAGCUCGUUCUCUUCGGACCUCGUCGCAUAAUCGGCCGCUGGAUAUCCGUGACGCGCACCGAUGGCAACCAAACCGAGUGCGCGCGUGUCGGUUUUCCCGGACCCACUGUGGUGGGGAAGGCCACCUUCCAUUUCCCCGUUUCCGGCCAGGUGUUUCUGCGGCAGGACGCGAACGAUCAUCAGUCGGAGACUGCCGUGCUCGUCAAGUUCGACCCGUACGGCUUCAACGACACCACUCAGUACAAGCUGCAGGUGCACGAGCGCCGGCCGGGCCGCGACUUUUACAACUGGACGGCGCGCUGCGUGAGCGCCGGCGACGUGUUCGACCCGCUCAAAGUGGGAUCGGGCCCGUGCCCGCACCCUCUGCUAUGUCCCGUGGGCGCCCUGACGGCGAAGGGAGCCAAGCUGGCGGGCGCCAAACGCUUCUUUUACACGGACCUGCACCUGCCGCUGUCGGGCCCAAACAGCGUGCUGCAGCGCUCGAUGGUGCUGCACGACAGCGGAGCACCGCCGCACCGCGGCGACAGGCUGGCGUGUGCCGCUCUGCUGCCUCUUCACCCGAUUUCGGCGGCCGUGCGCCGCUGGCUGCCCGCCGAGCAGGGGGUCCUGGGCUACGUGGUCUGGUCGCAGGACAGUCCCGAGGACAGUGUGCGCGUGGAAGUUCGCCUUCGCGGACUAGGCGGUCGGGCAAGCGCGUACCAUGUGCAUGCGUUGCCGGUUCCGCUCGAGCAGCACUUUCCCUGCAAGGCCGUGCGCGAUGGCCGGGGCGGUGUGGUGGAGCUGAGCGACCGCUACGGGAACCUGGCCGGCAAGAGUGACGAGUCGCUUAAGACCCUGGACGCCGAGCUACAGCUGUUCGGCAACACCAGCGUGGUGGGAAAGUCGGUGGUCAUCCAAAUGGGCGAGCGCCGCUCAGUCUGCGGCACCAUCAUGCCCGAGAUGGAGUCCCGGAAGGGCCGCGAGCUCGUGGCCAUAGCCACCUUCGAUCACCCGGACUCUGCGCUGCAAGGCUACAUCAGGCUGAGGCAGCUCGAGUACAAGGACGGCGCCACGAGUGACACGUUCAUCCUGGUUGACUUGCGCUAUCCAGGGAAGUACAACCGCAACCAGACCAAGGGUCACCACUGGGCCGUGUACGUGAACCAGGUGGCACACGACGCCUUGGAGAAGAGUGAAAAGGCGCGCUGCAUCGCCGCCGGAUACCGCUGGAACCCCUACCUGGCCCAAUCGGACAAGGACAGCUACCACAGCGAGUGCAGCCCGCAGACGCCGCUCCGGUGCGAGAUGGGCGACCUGUCGGGGAAGCUGGGGUCGCUCAGCAUCGGCACGGGCCCCGCCAUUUACACAGACACCAACCUGCCUUUGGUCGGGAACUUCUCAGUGCUGGGCCGCUCCAUCAUCGUGUUCGCCCAGGACGGCUCGAUGCUGCGCAAGGCCUGCGCCAACAUCAAGCACGACAUCCACCUGGUGCGGCACGUCUCGGUGCGCAAGUUCCCGGGCUUCUCAAGCGGAACUUUCAUGGACCACAUGCGCACCAUGCUCAACUCCAGCGACUGGCUGGUCAUGUCGGACUCCCAGGCAGAGCAAGACAUCCUGGAGGGACAAUGCACCCAACUUACGGUUCACUUUUUCGGUCCCGAAGCACACCGUCUCCAAAUUGAGUUUGGCAAUCUGAUCACUUUUGGCAGCGUUCGUCGACAGACAAGAACCGGGCUGAAGCUAAUCAAGACCUUCUACCGGCCUUGCAAAACAUUGGACGAAGAGCUGAGCGACCAGUCUGUCUGUGUGGCAGUGAGUCUCCCAUUGCUGCUGCUGAUGCUGCUGCCUCCCCUGAUGAUGGCCUAGGUCGGAGGGUUGCGCCGAGCCCGAGACUGCUUGCGUGCCAGCAGGAGGAAGACCAUCGCCAGCACCAGGAGGAGAGUGAAGAGCACCACGAGCAAAACAAAAA